UUGAGGUAUCUUUACUUUUACUCGAGUAUGACAAUUUUGUACUUUUUCCACCACUUGCCACAACCAAAUUCCGAUUCCAUCAAGCCUUGUCAUCAUCCAUCUAUUUAUAUCUGUGGGCUGACUUUGAUAGAUAAUGAAUCUUACUCGGGGUAUAGUAGGUUCCUUCCCACCCAAACCUUUUUUUGAAAAAAAGUGCCCUAUACAGCCACUGGGCAACAAGCAGUGAAGUGUGGGUAAGUUAUGAGAUCUUUCACUAAUCAAGAGGUCAUGGGUAUUCUCCCUAUUUCUUCGAUCUAGGCACACUUUUAGAUAGGGUUAACUCAUAUUAUGUCAUAACCACAUAUGUGUUUAUUAGCCACAUAGGGGCCUAGGAUGAAAACCAAGAGCAUGCUGGAUAUGCAGUUGUUAUGCUAUGGUGGGUAAAUUCCCAUUGAGGGUUAGUUCAACCUCUGCAGGACAAAGUAGUAUGUGAGGUACUAGCUGUAGAAAACGGAAUGAGACUCUUCUCUGUUUCCUGUCCAAACAUAAAAACAGAUGUUUUGAACUGAUUUUUGAUUAACAAAUUUCAGUAAAGGUUUCAUUUCUCCAAAAAAAAAGAAGCAGCCGUAUCAAGCCAAUAUUUUAUUGGCAGAAUCCAGUAACUCUGACUUACUUACAAUGUCUUCUUUAAACGUUUUUAAACUAUGGUAAGCCAGAGGACACACUUGUAAGAUGGUAGUCAGCCAAUAAAAUCUCUCGUUUCAGUGUUCCCUCCCACUGUAUGACGGCUACAUGUAAAGUGUCAUCAUAUAUAAGGUGCCCCACUGUCAGACCCACACACUAUGCAGUGCAGAAGUGACUGAUGUAAAAAUGAUGGUCAGACACUUAUUUUUGUUUUACAUCAACUUGGUUUGUGCUUUUACCAAACUAAACGUAAUCCAACCAACCCCUGUGAUGGUUGCUAAGCUGGGAGGCACUGUGACUCUCACUUGCUUUCGUCCAAAUGUGUCAGUGACCAGUUUUGAUUGGUUCAAGCAGAGUGUUGGACAGAAACCCCUUCACAUGGCGUCAUCACCAUAUAUUGGCCAAGAUAGUUUUUAUUCCAACAAUUUUAUCAAGGACUUUACUGAGACCAAGCGUUUGGGUGUGAGGAGAGGACUCUACACCUGUAACCUGACCAUUUCCAAGGCACAGCCAGGGGACUCAGCUACAUACUAUUGUUCCACUAGAGUCAUCUAUGAGCUCACUAUUGGAGAGGGAACUGUUUUAAUUGUCAAAGACUCAGAGUCCAACAGCAUGUCUGUGCUCCAGCAGCCUGUGUCUGAGUCAGUCCAGCCAGGAGACUCUGUGACUCUGAACUGUACAAUACACACUGAGACCUGUGCAGGAGAACACAGUGUCCUUUGGUUCAGACAUGGCUCAGGAGAAUCCCGUCCAGGAAUAAUUUACACCCAUGGAAACAGGAGUGAUCAGUGUGAGAAGAGCACUGAGGCUGGGUCUCCUACACAAAGCUGUGUCUACAACCUCCCCAAAAGGAACCUCAGCAUCUCUGAUGCUGGGACUUACUACUGUGCUGUGGCCUCAUGUGGGGAGAUUCUGUUUGGAAACGGGACCAAGCUGGACAUUCAAGUUCCAGAGCAUCAUCCUCCAUUUGAUCUGAGUCCUACUGUUCUGUCAUUGGUCGUCUCCAAUAUCGUUCUGGGGAUAGUGACCCUUCUACUUGUCUGGGCGCUGUGCAAGACUCUGAACAGAGAUAGCAGAGGGAGGACUGGUGUCCCAACGUCCCAGGGCAAUCAGAAUCAAGACAGUGACGUUUUGAACUAUGCAGCUGUCAGUUUCACCCCCAAGAAGAAGUCCUCCUCUAGAACAGCGAGAAAGACCAGCAGAGAGGAUGCAGUGUACUCUGAUGUCAGGAAUCUGCAACAGCAGUGAAAUUCACUGACAAAGAAUCCAAGAAGAACCAUUUUACUAUUUGUAGCAUAAUUGAACUGCUUUUAUUAACUGAAAUUAGUUACAAUGUAACAAAGAAAAUGUAAUUUUAACAUUGUCUAGAUUUAUGUAACCCUGUAAUGCCUUAAAUAGCCAUAUCUUUUGACAGUUUGUAAGAAAUAAUCUGAUAGAGAAUCCCAUUUUUGCUCUAUGACUGUGUUAACAUAAACCAUUUACACACGCCGUUCAUCUCUAUUCUCUGUCUACAGAACAUCUCUGCCACCACAUAUACAAAAUGAUUAAAAAGAAUAGCAGUUUA